CGGAGGCGCGGCACUAGGAGCGGGUGGGAGCUAGUGGUGGAGCGGCCCAGAGUCGGGGUCAUGGCUCGCCCUGCGCUGCUGGGCAGCCCGCUCGACAGGCAGCAGGAGCGCGACGUGAGGGAGCUCGUCCGUCAUGUAGCGGGUCUCCAGGACGAGACAGACCCCAGCUUCCAGCUCGCCCUGAACUUCGUCUGGUCCAACUUCAGAUUUCAUCGAUUCUUGGACAUCAACAGCCACAAAGUAGAAAAGAUAAUACAAGGAAUCUAUGAAAAAUUUAUUGUACAUUCUGAUCUCAGCAAAGCUGCUAGUUGGAAGAAAUUAACUGAAGAAUUCCUAAAUGCAUCACUUCCGAGCAUUAACAAAGUAAAGACAGAUGCACAUUAUUCCAUACUGUUACUACUUCUAUGUCUGUCUGAUUCUCCUUCAAACAACAAUUAUGUGGAAACACCAAGAGAUAAAGAAGUGGAAAAGAAAGAUGAUUUUGACUGGUGGAGAUACUUGACAGAAGGUGAAGAAAUUGAUGUUGGUCCAAACGCAGACACACCAAAUUGGUCAGAAGAAAGUGAAGGUGAAGAUAAUCAACAGCCCUUAAGCAGAGAGGACUCUGGAAUUCAAGUGGACAGGACACCAUUAGAAGAACAGGAUCAAAACAGAAAAUCGGGACCUCAUAUCAGCUGGAAAGAGGAGUCAGAUGACCAAAGCUGGCUAGAACAGCAUGUGGUUCAUCAAUACUGGAAAACCAAGUCCUCCAAGUUUCUUCAUAGUUCACAUUUGCACUCCAAUUUAGCUGCUGUCUGGGACCAGCACUUGUAUAACAGUGAUCCAUUGUAUGUUCCAGACGACAGAAUUGUUGUUACUGAAACACAAGUUAUUCGUGAAACUCUAUGGUUACUUUCAGGGGUAAAGAAGCUCUUUAUGUUUCAGUUGAUAGAUGGGAAAGUAACUGUGAGAAAUAAUGUUAUAGUAACUCAUUUGACACAGAGCUGCCUGCGAUCAGUACUAGAACAGAUAGCUGCAUAUGGCCAGGUUGUGUUUCGGCUCCAGGAGUUCAUUGAUGAAGUCAUGGGUCACAACCCUGAAAACAUGUUACCUGGAAAUGGUUCCAUUGCUAAGAAGUCAACUGAAGCUCCCUUUAGAACAUACCAGGCUUUCAUGUGGGCCCUGUACAAGUAUUUCAUUAGUUUCAAAGAAGAACUGACAGAAAUUGAAAAGUGCAUCAUCAAUAAUGAUACUACAAUAACGCUUGCAAUAGUGGUGGACAAGUUGUCACCUCGACUGGCUCAGCUCAAGGUUCUACACAAAGUAUUUAGUACUGGAGUAGCAGAAGUUCCACCUGACACUCGAAACGUAGUCCGGGCAUCUCACCUGCUCAACACAUUGUACAAGGCUAUUCUUGAAUACGACAAUGUUGGAGAAGCCUCUGAGCAGACAGUCUCCCUCCUGUUUUCUCUCUGGGUAGAAACAGUGCGGCCCUACCUGCAGACAGUCGAUGAGUGGAUUGUGCAUGGCCAUCUGUGUGACAGUGCCAAGGAAUUCAUCAUCCAGAGAAAUAAAAAUGUUCCAGUAUAUCACAGAGACUUUUGGUAUGCAACUUACACAUUAUACAGUGUGUCAGAAAAGACUGAAAGUGAAGAGAGAAUGAGUGACAGUGGGAGUGCGAGUUCUGGCAGUGAACAGGGGACUUCCAAUAGGCAGCACACCAUGGUGUCCUUCCUCAAGCCUGUGCUGAAGCAGAUCAUUAUGGCCGGCAAGUCAAUGCAGCUGCUAAAGAACCUGCAGUGUUCAGAGGGCAUCACCUGCCAGGCCACAGCUCGAGAUGCAGAAAGAAAAAGUUUAUAUACCCUUUUCCUGGAAUCUGUGCAGUCACGGCUUCGACAUGGAGACGAAACCACUGCACCGGUCCUCUCUGAGCAGCAAGCAAACAAAGAGAACCUAAUCAAGAUGCAUUCCAUUGCUGAGAGGCAUCUUGAACUGGAUGAUGUUCACGAUCCGCUGCUAGCUAUUAACUUUGCUAGGUUGUAUUUGGAACAGAGUGAUUUUCAUGAAAAGUUUGCCGGUGAAGAUAUCUGUUUGGAUAGAUCAUCAGAAUCUGUGACCUGCCAGACUUUUGAAUUAACACUGAGAUCUUGCCUUUAUCCUCAUAUUGACAAGCAGUAUCUAAAUUGCUGUGGAAACCUUAUGCAAACUCUAAAAAAAGAUUACAGGUUGGUUGAAUAUUUGCAGGCCAUGAGAAAUUUUUUCUUAAUGGAAGGUGGAGAUACCAUGUAUGACUUCUACACAUCGAUUUUUGAUAAAAUAAGAGAAAAAGAAACAUGGCAGAAUGUGUCUUUUCUUAAUGUCCAGCUCCAAGAAGCAGUAGGACAACGUUACCCUGAAGAUAGCACUCGACUGUCUAUAUCUUUUGAAAAUAUUGACACAGCUAAGAAGAAACUCCCUGUUCAUAUCUUAGAUGGCCUCACACUUAGCUACAAGGUUCCAUGGCCAGUAGACAUUGUUAUAAGUUCGGAAUGUCAAAAAAUUUAUAAUCAAGUGUUCCUCCUCUUACUACAAAUAAAGUGGGCAAAAUACAGUCUUGAUGUUUUGCUAUUUGGUGAACUAGCUAGUACUACUGAAAAGCCACAAUUUAAAGAAGGACUUGCAUCUGAACAAGACAAAACCACUGACUUUGGAACAAAAAAGGAGCCAGUAAAGCAGCAGAUCCAUCGUAUGUUUCUGUUAAGAGUGAAGCUAAUGCACUUUGUGAACAGUUUACACAACUACAUCAUGACCAGGAUUCUGCACAGUACAGGACUGGAGUUUCAACAUCAAGUUGAGGAAGCCAAGGAUUUAGAUCAAUUGAUUAAAAUUCACUAUAGAUAUUUGUCAACCAUCCAUGACCGAUGUUUGUUAAGAGAAAAGGUCAGCUUUGUGAAAGAAGCCAUCAUGAAGGUGUUAAACUUGGCACUCAUGUUUGCUGAGGGUUGGCAGGCAGGCCUGGGAGCUUGGCGAAUGGAAUCUAUAGAGAAAAUGGAAUCUGACUUUAAAAACUGCCAUAUGUUUCUUGUAACCAUUUUAAAUAAAGCUGUUCGGAGAGGAUCCUUUCCCCAUUUGGAAUCUCUAGCACUAUCACUCAUGGCUGGAAUGGAACAAAGUUAAAUGUCUUGAAUAAGAAGAAUGUCACACUUUUUCUGCAUACAUGUUUCGACCACAUAUACUGAAAUGUAGAACACUUUCUAUUUAUUUCAAAAACGUCUAUACUAGGCCAGCUAGCUAAGCAGGUAGGUUGUAUACCUUGCCCAGGAAAUGGCCCUGGUUAAAACCCAUGUACGACAUGGGAGGCACUUUGACACCAGAAGACUCUGUUGCUGUGAUAUCUCUGUCCCUCCCUCUGUCUCUGAAUGAAAAAGCAAUCUGGAGUAGUAAAAUUACAAGCCCCAGCUCCACAAAAGAAGAACAUAUAUACUGACAAGACAGGUGAAUUUACAUUUUUCUCUGGGAGAUUAUUGAAGAGUUAGAAGAUAGUGUGUACAAAAUUGUAUCAAUAAUGCGAAAUGUACAUAGGCUACUUAUACUUCUAAUUCCAACCAUAAGCUAUAAAUUUGUUAUUGACACCUUCAAAUGUGAAUUAUAUUAGUUUUAGAAAAUGUAAUUACUGAUAUCAAAAUAAAGCAUUUUUAAAUUU